AUGGCUUUUUGGUCCGGAGCAAGUACUACGGGAGUUCUCGUUUCAUUUCUCUGGGCUACUGUCAUAUAUGCGGUUUUCAGCGUCAUUUACAACCUAUAUUUACACCCCUUGUCUCGUUUCCCCGGUCCAAAGUCAUGGCAGUGCAAUUACUUCUUCCUUCUCAAGGCCAGUAUCCAAGGAAAGCUCGAAGAGUCCAUCAAGGAGUUCCACGAGAAAUACGGUCCCGUUGUGCGAUACUCACCAAACGGGCUCUCUUUUACAUCAUCAAAGGCCUGGAAAGAUAUCUAUGGAUUCCAUGACCAGGCACCCAUCAAAGAUCCUUCCUUUUAUGGACUCAUCCAUCUUUCUCGUGACCGUAGUCACAGUAUAUUCACGGCCGGUCGAGACCAGCACCUGCGCGCGCGGAAAGCACUUUCGUACGCCUUCUCAGAACGAGCUCUUCGUGAGCAGGAGCCGUUUGUGAAGGCGUACGUAGAUUUGCUGGUACAGCGUCUAAAAGAGUUAGCUGCUACCGCAGGCCCCUCUGCCUCUACGACAGUUGACCUUGUCGAAUGGUACAACUUCACGACAUUUGACAUCAUUGGAGAUCUUGCCAUCGGUCAGUCCUUUAACUGUCUGCGUGGUAGCAAAUACCAUGAGUGGGUGCAUGGGUUUUGGAGCACCAUUAAACUGGGCGCAUUCGUACGAGCCAUGGCCUUGUCGACACACUCAGCAUUUCCACAGCUGCUGAGACUAUUUGCGCCCCAGAGACUUAAAGACGCUCGCCGCCGACAUCUUGAGUUUGUUGGAGUUAGCACUGAGAAGAGGCUUUCUGAGGGUAUCCUUCGUGAAAAGCCGGACUUCAUCUCGUACUUAUUGAGGAGUAAUUUGGUGCAGGAGCCGUUGAGCGCCGGGGAGGUUGAGGCAAACACCAACUUCCUCCUGCUGGCUGGCACCGAGACCACCGCGACUGGCCUCUCUGGCACCACUUACUACUUGCUCAAGAACCGUGAGGCGCUGCGUAAGGCAGUCGAAGAGGUGCGCAGUUCAUUCGAGCGAGAAGACGAUAUCACUUUCGUGACAGCCGCGGAACGACUUCCUUACAUCCAGGCCUGCAUCACCGAGGGGCUGCGCAUCUAUCCUCCGGGCCCUAUUGCGCCACCGCGUAGGACGCUUAAGAGUACUGUGACAUUGAUUGCGGGGCACGCUGUUCCAGGGGAUGUCUCGAUUGGGGUACAUGCGUGGUCGGCGUCCCACAGUGCUGAGAACUUCCACCGAGCUAAUGAGUUCAUCCCUGAGCGAUGGAUUACUUCUACAGCACAAGCUGUUGACGCCCCAUCCCCCUUUCAUAACGACCGACAUGCGGCAUCACAGCCAUUCAGCUUUGGCCCGCGAAAUUGCCUCGGCAAGCCAUUUGCGUACAAUGAGAUGCGCAUGAUUCUAGCCAGAGUUUUAUGGAACUUCGAUUUGGAGUUGUUGCCCGAGAGUGAUGGCUGGGAGAAGCAAAAGGUGUACACCCUGUGGGACAAAGGUCCAUUGAUGGUGCGAUUGAGUGUUCGUCCAAAUUGA